AUGCAAAACCGAAAACUGUUAAUUGGAAUUGACAUUGGCGGCACAAAUUCAGAUUUGGUCGUCAUCGAACCAAGUCGUCUAGAAGAACAAGACAGGGGUGUUAUUACAUGGCACAAAGCGGUUACAACACCAAAUGUUUCUAUUGGGAUCGAAAACUGUAUUCGGACAGUCCUGGAUGAUGCUAUUCACCGAAUAUCGAAAGAAGAGAUCAUUUCGAUAACCAUCGGAACAACUCAUUUAAUCAAUGCUGUUGUCGAGAGAGAUGAAAGUAAAUUGGAAAAGGUUGCUGUUCUUAGAUUAAGUGGACCCUAUGGCAAAGAUCUUCCUCCAUUCGGUGACUUUCCCAAUGACUUGGCCGAAAUUAUAUACGGUUAUUCAGCAACGAUUGGAGGAGGUUUCCAAGUUGAUGGUCAAGAAAUUACAGAACUUGAUGAAGCUGAAGUCAGAAAACAUUGUGCUGUUAUCAAAGAUUUGGGUAUUUACUCUGUGGCGGUUGUAGGCACCUUUUCGAACAUCUGCAAUUCUCAAGAGUUGAGGACAGCUGAAAUUAUUCAAGAAGAGAUUCCAGAAGUGAACAUCGUACUUUCGCAUUGUAUUUCAGGUAUAGGAUUUGUUGAAAGAGAAAAUGCUUCCAUCUUGAAUGCAGCGAUCAAAAGUUUUGCUUGCAAGAUUAUAUACUCAUUUGUUGACAUGACCAAAAAACUGGGUUUAAAUUGCAACAUCUUACUAUCUCAAAAUGACGGAACCGUGCUUUCUCUUAAGGAGGCCCUUGAAGUUCCAAUCAGAACAUUUUCAUCAGGUUCAACUAACUCGAUGAGAGGUGCCUCUAUUUUGUGCUCUAGCGAUCCUGAAGUGAAAGGAAAAACUGUAAUUGUAUGUGAUGUUGGAGGAACGACAUCGGAUGUCGGCCAGUUAUUAGCAUCUGGGUUUCCGAGACAGUCAUCUACUUACUCUUACGUAGGCGGUGUGAGGAUGAACUUUUCAAUGCCUCUUGUUGAGAGUAUCGGUCUUGGUGGUGGAUCUAUUGUUCGAACCUCAUCGAAUACCUUAACAGUCGGACCCGACUCCCUUGGUGCAGAGAUAGUAGAUAAAUCUCUUUUAUUUGGUGGUGAUACUAUUACCACCUCUGACAUUACAAUAGCACGAUUUGUAGAUGAAAGAGGGAUGGAGAGCACUGAGAACCUUUAUAAGAUUGGAGAUCCUUCUAAAGUUUGUGGUAAAUUUUCGCCUGACAUUAAAUCACAAUUCUCUUUUACUUUAAAGAAAAAAUUUGAAGCAGUAAUUGAUAGAAUAAAAACUUCACCUCAGCCCAUUCCAGUGAUAUUCGUUGGCGGAGGUUCAUUUAUUGCCCCCGAUUCACUAGAAGGUGUUUCAAAAGUUAUCAAGCCACCUUUCUUUCAAAUUGCAAAUGCAAUUGGAGCUGCCCUUGGAAAAAUAUCUGCUUAUGUUACGGAAGUGAAAACUUUGCAAAAUCCCCAAACUGAAAUCCAGGAUACCAUAGAUAAGUUGAUAAAAAAAGCCACUGAGAAAGCGAUUAAAAAAGGUGCCAAAGCUAUCACUGUCGAGGUAGUUAAUGUUGUAUCAGAUGCAAUUCCCUACGUUGAUAAGGUGUACAAUUUCGAAGUUAAGGUGGUUGGAGAUUUUGAUUUUGAUCAUAUUUUCAACAAUUUUGAAGAUAUUCCUAAAAAUCUCCUAUUGAGAAGGAAUAAUUUGCCUAUACGGGGGCCCCAAAAAUGCACCAAGCUUGUCAGGCUCGACCCUCCAAUAUUUGAUUACGCGAAAUACGAGCCAAAAGUAACAGAUGGAAAGUGGGUCUUGAGUGAGGUAGAUAUAGAUUUCAUCAGCGUUGGUGCGUAUAUUUUAGGCUGCGGGGGAGGAGGAGACCCUAAUGCGCAAACAAUCGAAUUGAAAGCGCUCAUUAGGUCAGGUACAGAAAUUGUGGUUUUAACCCUGGAGGAUUUUAUGAAAUACGUUGGAAAAUCUGGAAGGGCUAUCAAUGUCGGUUACAUGGGAUCUCCUACUAUCUCGGGUGAACGUUUACAUGGAAACGAACUUCUUGAAGCAGUAGAGCUCAUUGAACGAUGGGAAGGUCGAAAAACAAAUGGGAUAUUUCCCUUUGAAAUAGGAGGAGGGAACGGUCUCUCAGGAAUUUGGACUGCAGCGAAAAGAAAUCUUCCAUGUAUUGAUUUGGAUUUAAUGGGUAGAGCAUAUCCAACUCAAUGGCAAACCCUGCCAUCUGUCAUCCAUGAUUAUAAGGGAUACCCAUAUGUUGCUCUAUCCGAUGGCAAUGGUAUGUCAAUGAUUGUUACGCGCUCCAAAGAUGACGUUUAUCUAGAAUCCAUAAUUCGAGACGUGAUGUAUAACCACGGUGUUCAAUGCGCAUGUGUUGAACCAUCUAUGGAUGUUGAACAAAUGGAAAAAGAAACUAUUGCAAAUCCAAUUUCCUUGGCUUGGAGAAUUGGCAGAGAGGUGCUCAUUGCGCGUAAUAGUAGUGAUUUAGAGAGUAUUCCGAAAAGAAUAACUGAAGCUGUGGGUGGAGAUAUUGCUGCAAAAUGUCUUUUUAAGGGAAAAAUUAUUAGCGUUGAAAAAAAAUUGGAGAGAGGCUACGGAUACGGUGUCGUUGAAUUAGAAAGCUUAGGAAAGAAAUCAAUCAUUCGCAUUCCGUUUAAAAAUGAAAAUAUUGUUGUCUACGAAGUUGGAAAAGAUGGGGAAGAGAUUCCCAUAUGUACUGUACCUGAUCUAAUUACAUUAAUUGAUAUGGAUGGUCGUGCCGUUGGUACUCAAGAUUACCGAUAUGGAUUGAUUGUUUUUGUGAUGGCGUUCGCACCAUCGGAAAAGUGGAGUACUGAGAAAGGUAUCGAGAUUGGAGGUCCCAAAGGGUUUGGAGAAGCCUUUGAUCAGCUUGAAUACAGACCUAUCGGCGAGUAUGUGAGGCCCGUAUCUGUAUCAGAGCAGUACAACUGUACGUAUAACUAG